GAGAAGGCCAAAUGCCCAGACCAAAAAACUUCCCACUUUGGCAAAAAGAGGCCUACGGACUCGUUCAUAGGACAGGGGGUGUACCAGUGCCACAUAGCGAUCUACGCUAACCAAAACCAGGAAAUAUAUGCUGCAGAAAACAUUCAUGCGGAGGCCUGCUUCGCCAAGAAUCCAGUUGAACUUAUUGAUUAUGUUGACAGCCCAGAACGGCAAACAGGAUACCAGCAAAAGGUCCGCAGCAGCCAGGUUGCUCAGGUAGAUCUCAGCCACUGUGCAGGGCUUCUGAUGGAGGCAGAAAACCAUCAGCACAAAUACAUUCAGGAUGAUUCCCAUAACAGCGAUGACCAUAAUAUACACAGGAAUUCCAAUAGCUCUGACAAUAUUCCAGCUGCUGAAAACAAUGACCAGAAGAGGAGCCACAAAGCCCAAGAUGUUCAUUGCAAUCUGAUUGGCCACCUUCCAAGAGCUGUCAUGGGCAUAAUCAAGAACACAGGAAGAAAUGUCAUACUCUUCAAAGAACUUCACCUUUCUGUGAACAAUGGUCGGGAGCGCCAGCAAGAUUCCCAACAUCCACAAAAUCAAGCAGAUUAUCUUGGCGUAAAGUGUCCGUCUGAACCACCGAGCCCUCAUGGUCUUCACGAGCGCCAAAUAGCGGUCAAUGCUAAUCAUGACCAGAGAGUAGAUGCUGGUGUAGAAGUUGAUGACAAUGGUGGCGCUGACCAGUUUGCAUAA